AAAGAAAUCUGGCUUAUGGCAGGUCAGAUUGCGCAGGUAACUUAAUGUAAUGACGUGAUUUCUGGGACUCGGUGGUUGAUUGUUACCUGAGUAAUGUUGCACAAUGUUUCAUAAAAACAACUUCUGCACAUCCUGAGGAAGUGCAGCUCAAUUAGGUACCUGUACAACUCUGCUGGGCCUUAGGCUUCAUGCUGCCCGACCUGGCUAGGAUGUGUAGAACAAGUUGAAAUCGUCACAAAAGGAUAAAGUACGCCAGUUUAUGAUCUUUACACAAUCUAGUGAAAAGACUGCAGUGAGUUGUCUAUCCCAAAAUGACUGGAAGUUGGAUGUUGCAACAGACAACUUUUUCCAAAAUCCUGAACUUUAUAUACGAGAGAGCGUUAAAGGAUCGCUGGACCGAAAAAAACUAGAACAGCUAUAUAACCGAUACAAAGAUCCUCAAGAUGAAAAUAAAAUUGGUAUAGAUGGAAUACAGCAAUUUUGUGAUGACCUAGCACUUGACCCUGCCAGCAUUACUGUACUAAUCAUCGCAUGGAAAUUCAGAGCUGCAACACAGUGUGAGUUCUCAAAGCAGGAAUUCAUGGAUGGCAUGACUGAUUUAGGAUGUGACAGCAUAGAAAAACUAAAGGCCCAGAUUCCUAAAAUGGAACAAGAAUUAAAGGAGCCAGGAAGAUUUAAGGAUUUUUAUCAGUUUACUUUCAACUUUGCAAAGAAUCCGGGACAAAAAGGUUUAGAUUUAGAAAUGGCCAUUGCCUACUGGAAUUUAGUACUUAAUGGAAGAUUUAAAUUUCUAGACUUGUGGAACAAUUUUUUGUUGGAACAUCAUAAAAGAUCAAUACCUAAGGAUACCUGGAACCUUCUUUUAGACUUCAGUACAAUGAUAGCAGAUGAUAUGUCUAAUUAUGAUGAGGAAGGGGCAUGGCCAGUUCUUAUUGAUGACUUUGUGGAAUUUGCACGCCCUCAAAUUGCUGGGACAAAAAGUACGACAGUGUAGCACUAAUGGACCCUUCUAGAAUGUACAUAGUGUGUACAAAUAAAUACAAUGGAAAAUUGCACAGUCAAUUUCUGCUGGCUGGACUGAACUGAACUGAAGUUCAAUCCUCACAAUAAGGGUUGAGGGUUGAGACAAACCUUUAAGGAUACAUCUUGGACCAUAUCAUAUUUCACUCUUCUCCUGGUGGUUUGGGCUUCUCUUCUAGUCUGGACCACUUUUGCCAGUUAUAAUUCCAACAUUGUGGAUUUAAUCAUUUUUGUGAACCACCCUAGUUUUAUUUUCCUAUCUGAGAAGCUUUAUGAUUAUUUUGAGGUUUCUGGUUUCACAUGAAGCACAAUGCUGUCUUCAUUGGACAACUGAUGUUUGGCAUCCGAAUUACACAGAUCAGCAUCAAAUAUUUUUUUUAAACUCCUUAAAUAUACACUUUGGGCUAGUUGCAAAGACUAUAUUGAUAGCACUUCCUACAAGAGUGAUAUAUUUAAGUGUACUGAAUCCGAUAUUUUUCUUUUAUGGAAAAUUACAGGUAUUGUCUAAGUGGGGUUUGAGUAGAAACAACCAACAAAAGUGAGAUUGUUAUUGGGAUAUCUAGGUGCCUAUCUGAAAGGUUUUAUUGUACCUCAACUUUCUUUAAGAGCAGUUGAAGUACUACGCAACUACUGUGCACUUAUAGUACCCAUGUUUAAUACUAUAGUCAGCCUUCAGUGAGCUUCAUUGAGAUGAGUUGUGUGCAUAAUGAUAGAAUCUAAUAUUCUCUAGGUUAUCUAAUAAAUCCAAUUUCAUUACAGUUUUGAGAUGCUUACCUAUCUGUUCAAGAAGGGUUUUUUUUUUUCUUUUCAUUUCUGUAGAAAUUUAAAACUUGAAUAUACUGAAUUUGUGUCUUAAUGUUUGCUGCACAAUACAGUAUUUUUAAAUGGAGGCAUUGGACUUACGGCUGCAGUAGGAGAGAACCAGUGACCCUGUGGCAAGUCUGACACGAAUCUGAGUUUUGAAGCGAUUGUCCUGAGACAUGUAAUUUAAAACUUGACAGUGUAUAUGUAUUGCUGUUAUGGACAAAGCCCAUGUUCAAUGACUUUUUGUUGAGCUGUUCAAGAUGACAGAUCACUGUGGUUGCCAAAUAUAGACAUUUUAAAAGUAAAACUCUUCCCAAACUUAAUCAGAUGCAGAAUAUCAUACUGGCUUCUUUUGUUUCCUUAAAUUAUUUUGUUGAUCUACCACUACUUCUGUGUGCCUCAUUGCGUGGAACUAAAUUGGGACUGUUGUCACUUCAAAGCAGGAUUUUAUCUUGUUCUGUGCUUUUUACAUUACAGGAGCUUCUUUCAUGCUGAAAACACUCACUCUGCACCUGCUGACUUGUGAGGGAGGCUUUUGGUGGUUUUGCGACCAAUACUGUUCUGUAAAAAGCAAGAAAAUGUCCAACUUCAGUCUAAAAAAGUGAUUAUAGUCAUUGGGAACAGGGGUUGAAGACUCCUGGCUGUCUGAUAUUCAAGUCUGAAUUACUGUUGAAAUUAGUAAAUGGAACUUGUGCUAAAAAGAGCUGUAUGGCUUUUUUUAUACAGAUGCAAAAAAAAAAAAAAAAAAAUUUAGGAAAAGUUGAGCAUUAAACUGCUUUGAAGUGGAUGAGAAGGUUGCUUCCCCUCCUGACAGUGCCCUUUUUAAUAAAGCCUAGUCACUCCUUUAUUUCCAAAUCCAGACCUACAAACAGAAAAAAUAUUGCAAAUUUCUACUCCAGCUACCGGAAUUGGCUAUGCCAAAAAUGUUUCUUUUUGCUGCUUUCAGUAUUUCCUUCCUUAAUUUUGUGUAAAUACAAGCGGGGACUUGAAUUAUGAAGAGAACGUUACAAGGUAUAUAUGCGUGCUGUUUUCCGUCUUGAGGGUUUGGUACAGUUUCAGAUUGAUUAGUUCAAGUAUGCUGUGUUUUGAGAUGAGAACUAAUUAGCUUUUAUCCCAAUACAGAUUUGUCUUUCACAGAAGUCUGGUAUUGGUUAGUGGCAUAAUGCCGUGGUGUUUUAAAGAAUACUCCUUUUGAAUGCGAGACCUUUUCAACAAAAUAGUGUUGUCAUCAGUUUGGUACUAUACACUUAUAAUUACUGUGUAAUUAUAAAACAAAAGUACAAUACCUAACGCUUCAAAUAAUUAUGUAGCAAGAAACUUAAAGUUAUUCAUGCUAUAAUGGCAUCGUAGAAUUUAACAAAAUAAAUGAUUUGCAGUUGAAAAC